GAACAUCCACAAAUCGGAUGCCCCAAACAGGAGUCCAAACAAGAAACAACCUAGAGUCUGAACUAAAAAGUCCAAAACCAACAAAACAGAGCAAAACUAAAAGUCUGAAAGUAAAACUGAAAGAAAAAUACAUAAGGUGCCAACUAUCUGGCGAUUUCCAGAAGGUGCUCAAAAGCCAGACGGGUCGUCACAAAAGACGGAGCCUAGUUUCACCGCUGAGUGCGGAGAUGCUGGCCGGGGAAUUGCCGGACGGCGGGCGGAAGUACAUGCCGGACCUGGCUAAUCUCUUCUCACAUGUACUUGUUGACGUGAGCAGUGUCAAGGCAUUAUGCCUCCGUUGGUACCCCAGAGGUUUGAAUGUUGAGGUAGAUACUAUAUUGGAGAUUGCUUGUGUGAUCACUGAUGGAAGCUUGACCAAAUUAGUUGAGGGACCUGAUAUAGUCAUUAGUCAACCAAAGGAGUGUUUGGAUAAUAUGGGAGAGUGGUGUCAAGAACAUCAUGGAGCAAGUGGUCUGACUGGAAAGGUGCUUGAGAGUACAAUAUCUAUUGAAGAAGCUGAGAAGCAGGUAUAUUUGUUAUAAAGGAGAGCAUAGCAGAACUCAAGUUCUACAAGGAUAACAUUUUUAAAGCAACAAGGUUUAAGAAGUAACAAUUUGGAAGCUAUGGAUGACAGGCGGGCAGUCUCCUUAAAAUGUUUUGUAUUCGUAUUUUUGUGUAUAUUGUGGUACUGACAUUUGUAGUAUGAACCUUUCUGCAUGUCUCCACCAUCAUGACUGUGUAAUGUUCUUUAUGGUAUGCAAUUUUUUUAGUGAACCAAACAA